AUGUCAACACUUUGUAAUAAUAAUAAUAAUAAUAAUGAUAAUGAUAAUACUACAACUACAAUACCACCUAAAGCUGCUACUACAAUUAGAGAUAUAAUAAGGGUUUUAACAAUUAGAAAGAUUAUAUUUCAUUAUAUAUCAACGAUUAGUGCUAUAGUACGAUUAAAAGAUAGUAGUAGUACAAAUGGAGAUCAAGACAAUGCUUCAUUACCAUUUCCAAUAACGACGGUUCCUAUUAGUGAUAGUUUGGGAAAGAGACAAUUGGAGAUUGCAAAGGGUCGUGAAUUCAAUCAUGUGCAACUUUUAAAGGCUUUGCGGUUUGGUCGGACCGAUCUAUUCUUUAAGUACUUUGAAACUAUAUAUCAACCAGAUCAAUCAUAUGACAUCCUAUUUGAUGCUGCAGUUGGAACCAAUAAUCACUCUGUAAUGCUAUAUUAUAUUGAUUUCAUCAAGAAACAACAACAACUGCAACAACAACAGAAACAAACAUAUAAUUUGGAUGGAGAUAUACAACCACAACAACAACAACAACAACAAAAAUAUUCCUCUUCUACUAGUGUUGGUAACCCUUUUACAUUCUUGUCGGGAGCUGCUGUUAUACCAUCAGGAUCAUACAAUCAAAUACAAAAGAGAACAAUAGAUAUUCUUUGUGAGAAUAAUAUUGUCAUACUCAACCAACAAUUUGCUUAUAAUUGUUUAAAGAAAUUGGUGUAUUUGGUUGAUGUGGAUGCAUUACGGGUGUUUCUUUCAAUCAAUCCUCAUGUACAUGGUCUUUCUAUACCAUCACAGUUUUGCCAUUGGAAUGAAGCAUGUAGUAGCAAACACCAACGCGGACUACCAGUCAUAUUGGAGAUACUAGAAGUUAUGAAAGAGCCAGAUAGUAAAACACAACAAGUCAUUUGGAAUGGAUUGUUGGCAUGUGCACUCGACAAUGCUAACCUUUCACUGUUUUAUGACUUGAUGCAACAUGUGAUUGAUCUCGAGCUCACAACGUUUACCAUCUCACCCGUUGUACUAUCCAAGACACUGAAAUGGAAAGAGUUGGUCGAAUACUUUUUCAAUGUACCUCAACGUUUUAGAUGGACCUAUCAAUAUGCAGCGAUGAAUCAAUUGGUGCAAUACAAAAACGUAGAGGGUUUAAAAUACUUUUAUCAAAACCAACCAUCGCGCAUCUACACCAAUGGAUUACUGCAGAGCGCAAUCAGUGCCGGCUGUAUGGAGUGUAUGCAGUUUGUCUUGGAGAUGGAUCCACCUUCCGACCUCGAGGAUACAUCAAACUUUAAAUGGGUGGUCAAUGACAUUAGAUUUGGAAAGGGUGAAUUGCUAGACAUUGAAACCAUCAACUCACUCUUUUCACAUCCACGUGUAGAUUUUACAUUUUACCAUUGUUUCGAAACGGCAAUUAAAAGCGAGCGAAUGGAUCUCUUCCACCGACUUAGCGAAUUGGCGCAACAGAGAUUGUCAGAGAGUAAAGCAACGCUCGAUCUUGAUGUUGAUGUUCCCGACAAAACAUACAUCAAUAUCAUGUCGGCCUAUAUGAUUGCAUUGCAAGUGUCGUUUUGGAAUAGAUCAGAGGCGACACGCUUUAUUCUCCAAAACUACCCACCACCCAAAGUCAGCAUCUACGAAUCGACAAGUCAGACCUGGCGGACAUCAAAAUUCCAAAACUUUGACGAGAAUAUCGAGUACAUGCACAGUCAUGGUCUUCUCAACCUUUCAGCCGUUUUUAAUCAAACCAUCAUCAACCAUUCUUUCUACAAGGGAAUGGUUAAACCACUCCAAUACUUUGGUAUUAGACGACCCAACCCCCAAAUUGCCAACAAGGUACUGCAUAAUGCAUUGUACCGUGCCAACUAUGAUCUAUUGGUCUAUAUUCUGACAGACGAACCGGUCAGCGACGAAGGCCAAUUGAUCAAUCAAAACAACUUGUAUCAACCCGACAACAACUUUCAAUAUGUUAAAGAGAUUCUUCAAAUGGGAAGAUUAUUCUCUGAACAUCGAACCAAUGAUCAGGCGGAAAACACAAUCAAGAUUGCAGAAUUAUUAAUCAAUCAAUUUGAAUGUCAAAUAACAAGAACCGAUAUUGUAAAUGCUUCACUUGGGUAUUCUCAUCAGGUAUUUGGUUAUGUACUGGAAAAGAGCUUCAUGUUUAAUAUUGGUAUAACAAACUCUGACAUUUUUCAAUACCUCAAGAAUCUAAUCUUUGGCAAUCACCAAAAAGAUGAACAAAUACAAAUGUUUGAAACUCUAUUUGAUUUUGUAGAAAGAAAUAGUAAACGAUAUAAUCAUAUCACUCUACCAGUUUUACAUAAUGAAUUUAUUAAAUCAAAUAAUUGUGCUACCAUUCUCUUAUUGUUGGAUAGAUUCAAAUUUAAUAAUCAUAAUUAUGUAAAGGAUCCUACCGUUCAAAAACAUCUUCAAUUACAACUGUACACUCCAAUCACCGAUACCUAUUUAGAAGGUUUACUUUCAACCCUUCAUUCAUUUGGUUCAGUUUAUUUAAUUCAAGAAAUUAAUAUUAGAUUAAAUAAAAUUGGAAAAGAAAUUUAA